ACCCACCAAGCUGAAACAUCCCAGUGCGUCAAAUAUUAAAAAAGACAUCAUAUUUCAAUUCUCAUACUCUUCUUAGUCUUCAAUGGCUGCCUAUCCUUCUCAACCCAAUCCUUUAGCGCUGCUCCUAUUGGCAUCCCUUGUGGUUGCUGUUGCUGGAAAUUUUUACCAGGAUGUUGAUAUCACUUGGGGAGAUGGGCGUGGUAAAAUACUCAACAAUGGCAAUCUCAUUACACUUUCUCUUGACAAAGCCUCUGGCUCAGGUUUCCAAUCCAAGAAUCAGUAUCUCUAUGGCAAGUUCGACAUCCAACUCAAGCUUGUCCCUGGCAACUCUGCUGGCACUGUUACAACCUUCUAUUUUCACUCUCAAGGGUCUUCUUGGGAUGAAAUAGAUUUUGAGUUCUUGGGAAACCUUAGUGGUGACCCUUAUCUUGUCCACACGAAUAUAUAUACUCAAGGCAAAGGCAACAGAGAGCAACAAUUCUACCUCUGGUUUGAUCCAACGGCUGAUUUCCAUACCUAUUCAAUCCUCUGGAACCCAGGGCAUAUUGUAUUCUAUGUUGAUCGUAGACCAAUUAGAGAGUUCAAGAACUUGGAAUCAAUUGGUGUCCCCUACCCAAAAAGCCAACCAAUGGUGAUGUAUGCAAGUUUGUGGGAUGCAGAUGACUGGGCGACAAGAGGAGGGCUUGUGAAGACAGACUGGAGCAAAGCACCCUUCACUGCAUCAUUCAGAAACUUCAAUUCCAAUGCUUGUAUUUGGUCUAAUGGAGCAUCUUCUUGCAGUAACUCCGCUAACCAGUGGUCCUCUGAAGAGCUUGAUUCUACAAGUCAAAAGCUGCUAAAAUGGGUUCAGAAAAAUUACAUGGUCUACAACUACUGCACAGACACAAAGAGAUUCCCUCAGGGCCUUCCUCAGGAAUGCACUGUCAUCAACAAGAAUUAGAAAUUCAGGACUUGCACAUAUGGAUCAAUGGUUCCAGAGUUUAGUUUGUUCUAGUAACUUCCAAUUGCAAAGUUUACAUUCUUUUGUCUGACAAGAUUGUGCCAAUAAUGCAAGAAAAAGGAUUUUUCUUGCAGUCCAUAAUGUAUAUAAAUAUAUUUCCAUAUAUGAAAAAGUUUUGUUGGUGUUA